CGUCUAUUUAAAAGCCUGCGCUGCUCGCACUUAAUGAUCAAGUCUCCUUUCCCUCCAUACUCUCUUUUCUCCUUAAGUUUACACGUGUAGCCUUUAAGUUACUAUUUUACUAAUGGGAACUUCCGAUGCUGCAAGCAAGGAUGUAACUGUUAGCUUGGCUGAGAAAAAGCCAAUAGUGGUUUUUGUUUUAGGUGGACCGGGUAGCGGGAAAGGCACCCAGUGUGCAAAUAUUGUGCAACACUUUGGUUACACCCAUCUGAGCGCAGGAGAUCUUCUUCGAGCAGAACGUAACUCUGGUUCUGAAAAUGGAACCAUGAUUCAAAACAUGAUGAAAGAAGGGAAGAUUGUUCCUUCUGAGUUAACAAUUAAGCUUCUUCAAAAAGCAAUGUUGGAAAGUGGUAAUAACAAGUUCCUAAUUGAUGGUUUUCCUCGUAACGAAGAAAACCGCGCAGCAUUUGAAGCUGUUACUAAGAUUGAGCCGGAGUUUGUCCUGUUUUUUAAUUGCCCUGAAGAAGAACUGGAGAGGCGUAUUCUGAAUAGAAACCAGGGAAGAGAAGAUGAUAACAUUGAGACAAUAAGGAAGCGAUUUAAGGUGUUUUUAGAGUCCAGUCUUCCUGUAAUUGAGUACUAUAAGGCCAAGGGGAAGGUUCUAGAGAUUGAUGCUGCGAAAUCCAUUGAAGAGGUGUUUGAUGCAGUUAAAGUUAUUUUCACCACAAAAGUUGAGAAGGUGGUCGCCGCCUAGGUGUUGCAACACUACCAGAGAUAAAAGAGCAAUUAAAUAGAGGCUGGACGCGUGUUAAUUGCUACCAUGGGGCAGGGGCUGCCUUCCACAUUAAUAAAAGAUCCACUUAUGUUACAGCAGAAGAUUAUUUUCAUUCAAACUUGAACCGUUAGUGAAAGCAAAAGAUCUGCUGACAACAAAUUUUCUUUUUAGUGGUUGGCAUUAGCACCAGUGCUUGAAUCCUUUAUAAGAUUGAAGCUUCAUAGAACUUAGUGUAGUUUUAUGUCAUUUAUUCAAUCCAUCUUCCUGAAGAACGAAGAUCUAUAUUCAUGUUAAUUGAAGUAACAAUGCAGAACAAAAGAAAUAAAGAAGUUGGAGAGAGAGAGAGAGAGAACAAGGAGAUAAAACACAUUAUCACUAACAAAUUUCUCUGAGUUAUGGCUCUUUGAGGAUAAGAUCACAAGCUCCUGGUAUAUUUUGGAAGUACAUGACGUUGAUGGAAAUCCCACAGCAUCUGUUCACUUUUCAGGUAGAUGUUGCAAUGCUAUUGACUGCUUCAAUUUGAUCUUCUCUCCUUUUUGUAUUUGUACUUAUUCACAUCUGAUUCUUUGUUAAGUCCAACAACAUUGCCACCAUUGACUUUCCUGUUAAUGUCACAAUAAUUUCCUUUUGACCUUCUCUGUUAGUUUUUAAGUUUGUGAACUAGUUUAAGUUGGCAAAUAUGUGUCUCUUUCAGGAAUGGUACUCUUCCUCAUCAAAUUACCUUUAGUUAGUAGUGAGCAUACUCAAACUGUUUUGUCAUUUUGUUUUAUAGAAAACAUAGAUUCCAACCUUUGAACAUGUACUUAUUCUGUGGAAGAUGGUGUCCAAUCCCUUUGUUAUUUUACUGUACUAAAUUGAAGUCUUAACUUGAAAAUGCAUUUCCUUUGUAGGAGUGAGUUUCUUGUAAAAGUUCUCUAAUGGAACUUACUUGAUCAGUUCAUUACAUCAUUGGCCCCGCUUAAAAUACUGCUGGUUGUUGCUGUUAACUUAUUCCUGGCGACAGAGCAUGUUGAUCUUUCAGGGGAAUAUGCAAGGAAAGAUUUGAAUAAUGUAAGUUUACAUAUUUGUGUGUAUUAUAAUAACAUAGCUAUGACAUGGUAAUAUUGAAAAUGGAAAGAAUUUGUAGGUUUAUCGUUGUGACUGUAAUGCUGGGGUGUUGCCAUUCAUCGCUAGCACCAUUUCAAUGGCAAGAUUAAAAAAAAAAUUCCGUCCUAAUGGAAAGUAAAUAAGGAAGAAAAAGCUUCAAUAAGAAUGAGGAAAACAAGCUAUCCUAUCUAAAUAGAUUUUUGUUGGCAAUUAGGAAGUAGAUUACGUAAAAAGAACUUUACUAAUGCUUCAUGAGUGCUACUCAGACUCUGCCAGUAACUGACUGCAGGUUGCAAGGCCGAUGAUUAUUAAUAAGUUUAACUUGAAAGAUAUUACAAAGCUGGUAUUCAGAGGCCAAUGGUCCUACUUAGGUCUAGCUUGACUGAUGCUGUACCGCUGCUACUGCCGAAUUUCCUAAUUAUUGUACAGAACAUUAACCAGAAAAUUUGUUACAGGUUUUAUUGCUGCUGAGACUGAAAUCAAAUCAAACCCAACUAGUGAGAGAGAGAGAGAGAGAGAGAGAGAGAUCAAGCAAUCAAUUGUAUUGUUGAGUAUUUUUUAAGUAUGGAGGACUAAACUGGACCAAGGGAGUGCUCCUUUUAUGUUCUUUUUCCAAGUAUUUUGAAUAAUCAUAUGCUCUUUCCUUCCUCCCCACUGAUCCAUGACCAGAUUAAGAUUAUGAGUACCUGCUUUGUUAUGUUUUGUUUUCUUUCGUGCUCUCAUCUGCUGGUCUUGCUGAUCCAAUCACUAUAAGGGAUUUCGAUGUUGCUUAGACUUUGGAGGAAGUGUCGGAUAAGGAUAUGUGUCUGACACGGGUGCAUUCAAUAUUUCUGUGGUUUUUCCCUUAUAUUUGGAGGGUCUCAAGGCCCCCUUCCCAUGGCCACUUUGAGGUUCAGAUAAGUGUCUAGUACAGGUACUUGAAGCAAAUUAAAAGAGUCAGAGCAACAUAGGGAGAUUUGGCUACCUUGUGAGUUUGUUUAUUUUCAUUCAUUUCACUUCUCUUAGUAGUUAGUACUUAGUAUUAAAGGAGCUUUAAGUAUAAGUCCGUAAAUUUAACUACUGGAUAUCAUUUCACCAGAUGCAUCUCUAGGUCUAGCUAGGAGCUUUAU